AUGCAGGAGUCCAUAGGCACCGAACAGAUCGCGCUCGAAGAUGGCCACUUCUACGUUUUGCUGCAGGAGCGCAAGCUAGCCGCUGUCAUAAGCCACUUCGAGGCAUUCAGGAAAAACGAGCCACUGAGAGCCCAACACAGCGCCGUAGCAACGUUCCUCUUCGUCAUCAGACUCUUCAACUUCACCUCGUCCGGUGCCCUCAGCGUAUCCGCCGUAUCACACACCUAUCUUGGGAAUGUUUCCAACGCUUUCCUUUCGCCUUCCUCCCGAGAGUGGUGGCCCGCGGACAGUGACGUCUCCGGAGCCGCUAUUGGAAUCUGCAAACUGCAGCACCUUUACGACAUUCCCGUAGAUGAAAUGGCAGCCACGAAGUCCCCAUUGUUGCCCCUUGCUUCACCCGAAGACUUCGCCUACGUGGCCAGGGGAUGUUCAAUGACUGCACAGUUCGGAAACACAUCUGUCUGGAGCCAAGCCGCUCUGGCUAGGAGGUCGUCCAUCGAGGGUGCUCCUUUUCAGAGGCUUAAAAUGGGUUUGGGCUGGCUACAGACCAAUGACCAUCGCCGGGCGCUGUUAAAACAACGGGCGAAGUAUACGACGGCCAGCCAAGUCUAUCCUUCGCCGCCGGAGAUAGAUAUCGAUGAAUACAAGGCAGUAUGUGUCAGAGAGGGAUUCCUGAGGCCAUCAGGCAGCACACUUGUAUGCAAAUUGUCUACGAACUUCGGAGACCCACACUUGAUUCUACAACCACUCAAGCUAGAGAUUCUAUCACUGAAGCCACGUGUAGUGGUCAUCAGCGACUUCCUGUCCACAUCGGAAGUCAAUUACCUCAGAUCAACAGCGCGCAAAGGACUCGUACGGGCUGGCAUCUAUUCUCCAGAACAAGUUUUAGGAGUGCCAAGCUGGAAACGAAUCGGCAAGGUAUCUUGGCUCUGGGACUCGGACAGCGAUAGGCUGCAGCGGCUGUCUCGGCGCAUAUCUAUUACGACUGGUUUGUCGCUGGAAUCCGCGGAGGCUUACCAGGUGGCCAACUACGGUCUCGGUGGCCACUACACGCCCCACAUGGAUGCCCACAACUUUGAGAAGGUGGCCGACCAUGUGGACAUUGCGGACGGCAAUCGACUGGCCACCAUGCUCGUGUACUUGUCCAACGUAGCCGCGGGAGGAGCCACGGCGUUUGUCAAUCUGGGCAUCGCGGUCAAACCACGGGUCGGCGAUGCCCUCUUUUGGUACGACGUAGAACCGUACGAUGGGAGCGAGUUCCCCGAGCAGAUGUCCUUCUGGCACCAGAAAAGGCGGGCGGAUACGCUCACGACACACGUCGGUUGCCCCGUUUUGUGGGGCUCCAAGUGGAUCGUAUCUUGGCUCUGGAACUCGGACAGCGAUAGGCUGCAGCUGCUGUCUAGGCGCAUAUUCAUUACGACUGGUUUGUCGCUGGAAUCCGCGGAAGCUUACCAGGUGGCCAACUAUUGCCUCGGCGGCUACUACACGCCCCGCAUGGACGCUCACCACUUCGAGAAGGUCGCCAAGCACGUGGACAUCGCGGACGGCAACCGGCUGGCCACCAUGUUUGUGUACCUGUCCAACGUAGGUGCGGGAGGAGCCACGGCAUUUGUCAAUCUGGGCAUCGCGGUCAAACUACGGGUCGGCGAUGCCCUCUUUUGGUACGACGUAGAACCGCACGAUGGGAGCGAGUUCCCCGAGCAGAUGUCCUUCUGGUACCAGAAAGGCGGGCGGAUACGUUCACGACGCACGUCGGUUGCCCCGUUUUGUGGGGCUUCAAGUGGAUCGUAA